AUGUUCAAUCACGUUGCUACCACUGCGUUUACGGCUUUCACGUCCUUAGCAGGCCCCCCAGGCCCCACCUACCAGAAACUUCAGGAUGGUCUCCCCAUACCGUUCUUUCCUGCGUCUCUGGACCGGCCUGAAAGGAAUGGUCCACAACUUCCCCAAAGUCUUCCACAGCUGCCAAACAAUGCUACCCCUACGGAAGUAGCUGAGCAGGACCUCGAGACGCCAGAUAAGUGGGUCAAUCGUAAUCCGGAACUCGUGCGAUUGACGGGUAAACAUCCGUUUAACUCCGAAGCGCGCCUCGGUGCUCUAUUCGAGAGUGGAUUUUUUACUCCAGCUCACUUGCACUUCGUGCGGAAUCACGGUGCAGUGCCACAAGUCAAUCAUGAGAUGACUGCUGGCUGGAAAAUCCGCGUGCAUGGUCUGGUGGAGCGAGAGGUUACAUUCACUCUACAAGAGCUUCAAGGAAUGUUCCCCGUUGUCACCCUUCCUGUAACUCUUGUGUGCGCUGGCAACAGGCGGAAAGAACAGAAUGUCAUCCAAAAGACACUCGGCUUCAGCUGGGGAGCAGCAGGAUUAUCAACAGCCCUUUGGACGGGUGUCUACCUGGCCGAUGUAUUGGAUCACGUGAAACCAAUUCGUCGACAAGCCAAAUACGUUGUCUUUGAAGGUGGAGACAAACUUCCGAAUGGCCCCUACGGAACUUCACAGCGGCUGUCAUGGGCUUCCAAUAAGGACAAGGGCAUGCUCAUUUCCUGGGCCAUGAACGGUUUACCGUUGGAGCCAGACCAUGGUUUUCCUGUGCGUGUCAUUGUGCCAGGUCAGAUCGGUGGACGGUCUGUUAAGUGGCUGAGCCGCAUCGAAAUAAGCGAUCGUGAAAGCCAGCACCACGACAACAAAUUGUUGCCAGCGCAGAUUAUGCCUGACCAAGCCCGCGCAGAGAAACAUUGGUGGUAUGACCCAAGGGAGCUGAAUGUCAAUAGUGCCAUCGCGAGACCGGAUCAUAAUGAGAAGCUUUAUAUCGAUAAGACACCGGAUGAAAAUGGUACAAUCGCAUCAUAUCCCAUCCGAGGAUAUGCGUAUGCAGGUGGAGGCCGCAGGGUGACCCGUGUUGAGGUUUCGCUUGACCAGGGCGAGACAUGGACAUUGGGGAACAUCGAGUAUCCCGAGGACCUAUUCAGAGAAGUGCGUCACCAAGACCCAGUUUAUGGAACUCUUGAUAUGACGGAGCGCGACACUUCCUUCUGUUGGUGCUUCUGGACAUUUGAUGUUUCGCAUGACGUUCUAGCGAGCAGUGAUGCAUUGAUGGUUAGAGCCAUGGACGAGGGCCUCGCAUUGCAACAAAGAGACAUGUAUUGGCAUGCACUUGGCAUGAUGAACAACUGGUGGUUCCGCGUUGCCGUUCAUAAAACCGUCAACGAUGACGGGAAAAUUGUCUUGCAAUUUGAGCAUCCAACGCUCGUCGGAACAAAUGGAGGAUGGAUGGAGCGCAUGAAAGCGGCCGGCGAGGACAUCAUAAAGCCUGUCUUCGGCGAAAGGGGGCAGGAUCUCGCACCACGUGCUCCAAAGCACCAAUCGGAUGAGGUCUCUUUGACCAAGCCUGGCAUAAACCGAAAAAUCACCCCGGAAGAGUUCAAGACGCAAGAUCGGAAGCAACCAUGGUUUGUCGUCAACGGUGAGGUUUACGAUGGAACUCCAUUUCUAAAGGAUCAUCCGGGAGGUGGUGACUCUAUCUUACUUGUGGCUGGUGAAGACGCCUCUGAAGACUUCUUCGCCAUACAUUCUACCGAAGGCAAAAAUCAAUUGGCUGAAGUGGGUCCUCGUGAUUUUCCUGCAGAAUGUCGGUUUACGACCCUUACGCAGUACCAUAUUGGCACCCUCACAACCAGUAUGACCAAAGAAAAGCCCACCGCAACGCAGUCGGACGGUGCCUUUCUAUAUCGCUUCGCCUUGCCGAAAGAAGACCAGCCGCUCGGUCUGCCAGUUGGACAGCAUGUUUUCGUUCGCUUGCGCCGGCAGGAUACUGGAGAAAUGGUGCAGAGAGCCUAUACUCCGGUGUCGCAACAAGGCGCAGUGGGCUUCAUCGACUUUCUUAUCAAAUUGUAUCUGCCUUCCACGGCGGCCCCUAUUGGAGGGAAGAUGACCACUGGCUUCCAUCAACUACAUCUCGGAGAUAGUGUGGAACUCAAAGGACCGUUAGGGUCCUUCAUCUGGGAUGGGCCAAGCACCGCAUUGUGGAAGGGGAUAAGGAAUACAGUCAAGGAAGUUGGCAUGAUUUGCGGUGGAAGCGGGAUAACGCCGAUCCUCCAGGUGCUCCGAAGUAUCCUCCAGAACGCCGAAAGCGAGACUCGGGUGUGGGUGAUCAGUGCGAACAAAACAGAGCAGGAUAUCCUCUGUAGAGAAGAACUUGACAUGCUCUUCACAUCGCACAGCAGGGAGCGGUUUAAGCUUCACUACACGCUUAGCAUCGCUCCUGACGAGUGGCCGUACAGCGUUGGGCGAAUCAAUGAUGUGUUACUGUCGGAGCACAUGCCACGGCACUCUGAGCAUGGACUCAUCCUAGCAUGUGGUCCCGAUGCUAUGAUAGCGCAUGUCAUAAAGCCCGGACUGCAGAAUAUGGGAUGGGAUAUAGAGAAGUCUCUGGUAGUAUUCUGA